AUGCUUAACUGUUGUUUGUUUUUUCUCCAGAAUAUUCACUCAAGAGAUAUUCUAAUUAGCGAAAUCAAAGUUUCUUUAGGUCGUACACAAUCAGAGCUUGCUCAAGUCAAAUCAUCAGAGGCAAAAUUAAGAGAGGAUAUUGAAGAAUCUCUCCGUGAAACUGUCAAACGAGAACAAAAGCUACUUGAAAAACACAAUGCAAUAAUUGAGGUAUUGAGAAAAACUGAAACUGAAGAACGCAUCAAAUUGCAAAAUAAUAUUAAUCGUCUUCAGUCAGAACUUGAGAAGGAAAGACUUCAUGCUGCUGUCGAACUACAAACUGCAAUCGAUGACGCAGUGAAAGAGAAAGAAAGUCUCAGAGCUGAUAGUGCACAAAAAAUCUUUGACCUAGAAUUACGUAUCCAUCUUGCAAAUGAGUCUGUUGAACUAGCUAAUAAAACUAAACAUGAUUAUAUGCAAGAAUUAUCAUGUAAAGAGGAAGAAAUAAGCAAUUUAAACUGUAAACUAAACGAAUUAAACAAAAUAGUUGAAUCACAAAGGCUUGAAAUUCGAGAUUUGCACACACGGUUAAUUGAAUCUAAACUGAAACAAGAUUUACUUGAAUCAACUAAAGUUCAAAACGAAGAACUAGCAACAUCACAAAAAGCUGAGCUUACUGAAGAAAUUGAUAAAUUGAAGUAA